UUGUGAAGCUUCCAAGAAAAGGGUCUGUAUGCUUGGCCUGAAUUAUCCUACAUGUUGAAACAAAAAAAUGAAUAUCUGGAAAUGUGGUGAAAUGAAAAUUUCAAACAGGAUAAUACAUCCCAAGCAUACUCUCCCAGCACUUUUGUCGACGGUAGGGCAUCUCUUUCUCGAUCGGAGUCAAGAUGGAGGGCGCUUGUUCGUGCGCACGGGAAGAUCUGUAUAUGGCAUGCAAAUCAUCUCAGGAGUCGGUGGAAUUUAG